GUUAGUCUGGCAUAAGUAGCAGAAAAUCGUAGGUAAACUUACAUAGCUACACAAAUUGUUGGUGCAAGGGCACCCCUGCAAAACCAAUCAAUACAAGCUCAGCAGUUGAGAGACACAGAACAUACUUCAUCAUAAGAAGCAGAGUCGGCAUAUCCAGCUCCAAGCUCUUCCAACCCCGUUUCAGCUUGCUGAAGAGCUUCCAUUCGCGGUUCCGUCGUCCAUCAUCUUCGCCGGGUAAGACCCGCGAGGAGGACUGGUCCGAGUCGACCUGAGCUGCCAUCGUGAAGUGUAUUUUAUGUACACCUACCCACGAUAAAGCUCCUUUCGCUCGUUCUCACCCCUGAAUGCCAGAUAGGAAUGAUCCAAGAAUCCGGGGCACGAGCCGGCCCCUCAUCCACGGCCUCACUUCCCCAGACCACGUGAUGCGAUCGGCGACGCCAGAUGCAACUCGGCUAAACUCUCGCAGAGAUUUGUGUGGCCGCGGGGGAUUUUCGCUUCGCUUCUUGCUUCGGAAAAGGAAGAAAAGAGUCCAGAGAGGGAGAAGUUUAAACUUCGCAACAGUCGAGGUAGUGGCGAUCGACCGCCGACUUUCCCAAGUGGAUCCUUGGGCCGUCUGCCAAGAGCACAACCAGUUUUUGCACCGAGUCGGUGAUUUGUUGCCUCUGUUUACCGAUAAGCUACCUAGUCUAGAUUGUGCUCGUGUUAAAUGGGUCGCUUUACCAGCAGAUGUAACUUGCAGUGUGAGAUACCAAGACUCGGAUCUCGGUAACUUGACGGGCUCCAGACUGAACGGAGAUGCCGCGUGGUGCCUGGAAUUGGCUGGAAUGGUUGGAACUGCCCGGAUGCUUGGUCGAUAGACCCACUGCCAUGCAGGAAUCGACAUCAUCGUACUGGAAGUAGUCGACCUGUUGAGG